UCUCAGUGACAAAUAACGCAUGUAAGCCGAACGAAUACAUUUUUUUGCAGAAAUGCAAUGGUAACCUAGCUAAGUGAUUAGAACGACAAAUAUUUUAUAAACUAGUUUUAAUGUGUCGGACAAAACAGCCAAAAUAAUUUCAUGUGAUCGGUUUAGUGGACAGCUGCGUUGAAUAUUAAUUCAACUGAGCUUGUAUUGCUUAGUCAAUGAGCGUGCCUUGCUCGUUGUCAACAUAGAAGAGGGAUGCCACUCUGCAUUAUAAGGAAUCAACUGCCAACUAUUCGGAUCUACCAUUUACGCAGAUCCGACAACGACAAUGGGAUGCAUCAGCGCCUAUCUGCAGAAACUGAGGCACAGGAUAAGGUUGGACCUAAUCCGGGAGUUGGGACGCCAGUACCCGGUCUUCUGCUUCCUUCUGCUGGUCCUUCUCCUAUCCACAGUCCUGCUGAACAGAUACCUGCACAUUAUUAUGGUGUUCUGGUCUUUUCUGGCUGGAGUCGUCACCUUCUACUGCUCUCUGGGUCCAGAAUCGCUGCUGCCCAACAUCUUUCCAUCCAUUAAGCCAAAGAGCAAGCUGGAUCUGCUGGAGCUGUUUCCCUUGGGGCAUAGCUGUGCAGUCUGUGGGAACAUCAAAUGUAAAAGGCACAGGCCAACUUUACUGUUGGAGAACUACCAACCAUGGUUAGACUUGAAAGUUCCAUCCAAAGUGGAUGCCUCCCUUUCAGAAAUUCUGGAAUUGGUUCUUGAGAACUUUGUGUAUCCCUGGUAUAGGGACAUCACAGACGAUGAGGCGUUUGUUGACGAGCUGAGGGUAACUCUGCGUUUCUUGGCUGCGGUGUUAGUCCGACGGACACAGAAAGUUGACGUCGCCUCCCUAAUCACUCAAAAGUUGCUCAAGGUAUCCAUGAAGCACAUUGAGAUGAUCAGCAAAGCAAGACUUAAAGUGAAGAACGCUGAGUAUCUGCAGCAAGCAGCCCUGGAGGAGUAUGGACCUGACCUCCACAUGGCGCUGCGCAGUCGCAGAGACGAGCUGCUCUACCUCAGGAGGCUGACGGAGAUGCUCUUCCCGUACGUCCUGCCCCCCAAGGCCUCAGACUGCAGAUCUCUCACUCUCCUUAUACGAGAGGUCUUGGCUGGCUCUGUUUUCCUUCCCUCCAUGGACUACCUGGCUGACCCUGACACGGUCAACCAUCUGCUUCUUAUAUUUAUUGAUAACUCUCCACCUGAGGCAGCAUUAGAGCCCUCCUCAGUCUUGGUUCCCUUCCUGCAGAAAUACUCUGAAACUCGCAACAAAAAGCCUUCAGUGCUAAAACUGGAGUUAAAGGAGAUCAGAGAGCAGCAGGACCUUCUCUUCCGCUUUAUGAACUUCCUGAAACAAGAGGGGGCCGUCCAUGUGCUCCAGUUCUGCCUCACCGUAGAGGAGUUCAACGAUAAGAUAUUGUGUCCUGAGCUGUCGGACGCUGAGAUGUUGAUGCUUCACGAGGAGGUGAAGCAGAUAUAUGAGACCUACUGUCUGGACGAGAGCAUCGACAAGAUCCGCUUUGACCCCUUCAUAGUGGAGGAGAUUCGAAACAUUGCCCAGGGGCCCUAUGCUGGUGUGGUGAAGCUGCAGACCAUGCGCUGCCUGUUUGAGGCCUACGAGCAUGUCCUCUCUCUGCUGGAGAAUGUCUUCACACCCAUGUUCUGUCACAGCGAUGAGUACUUCCGGCAGCUUCUGAGGGGGGCUGAAUCCCCAGCUAGGAACUCCAAGCUGAGUAGAAAUAGCCUGAGUUUGGAUGACAUCCGGAACACAUCCAAGAGGGGCGAGACGUUUGGGAUCAGCCGCAUCGGCAGCAAGAUCAAGGGUGUGUUUAAGAGCACCACCAUGGAAGGGGCCAUGUUGCCGUCACACGGGCUUGCAGAGGGAGAGGACGACAUGGUAGAGGAGGCCAUGAUGGUCCUGGAAGAUGACUCUCCUAUGGAAGCGGUCAGCACGCCUAGCACCCCCCGUAACCUGGCCGCAUGGAGUAUUACCAUCCCCUAUAUAGACCUGUUUGAUGACGAGGUCAAGAGGGAGAGAAUCCCUGUUUUUUGCAUUGAUGUGGAGCGCAAUGACAGGAAGGCAGUGGGCCACGAGACAGAACACUGGUCUGUCUACAGGAGAUACCUGGAAUUCUAUGUCCUGGAAUCCAAACUGACUGAGUUUCAUGGAUCCUUUCCUGAUGCACAGCUACCUUCCAAAAGAAUCAUUGGGCCAAAGAAUUAUGAAUUUCUGACAUCCAAACGUCAAGACUUCCAGGAGUAUCUUCAGAAACUUCUCCAGCACCCUGAACUGAGUAACAGUCAACUUCUGGCUGACUUCCUGUCUCCACAUAGUAUGGAGUCCCAGUUCCUGGAUAAGAUGCUCCCUGAUGUUAAUCUUGGAAAGAUUAUUAAAUCUGUUCCCAGCAAACUCAUUAAAGAAAAAGGACAACAUCUAGAGCCGUUCCUGCAGUCCUUCUUUAACUCCUGUGAGUCUCCCAAACCCAAACCCAGCCGGCCGGAGCUGACCAUCCUGAGCCCCACGUCAGAGAACGAUAAGAAGCUGUUUAAUGAGGUUUUCAAGAAUAAUGCCAACCGAUCGGAGACAGCAGAGAAGAGGCACAAUCAGAACUACUUUAUGGAGAUGAUCACUGUGGAAGGAGUGUAUGACUACUUAAUGUAUGUUGGCCGAGUGGUGUUCCACAUCCCUGAUUGGCUACACCACCUGCUGAUGGGCGGGAAGAUCCUAUUCAAGAACACAUUGGAGGCGUACACAGACCACUACCUGCAGCUGAAACUGGACCAGGUGGUCCAGGAACACCGGCUGGUCUCGCUUAUCACACUGCUCAGAGAUGCAGUGUUCUGUGAGACCAGUGAGCCACGCUGCUUACCAGACAAGCAGAAGAGGGCCAAGAAGACAUUUGAGGAAAUGAUGAAAUACAUCCCAGAGUUCCUGGGUAAAUGUAUUGGGGAAGAGGCCAAGUAUGAAGGAGUCCGUCUGCUUUUUGAUGGACUGCAACAACCCGUCCUCAACAAGCAGCUGACUUAUGUGCUGUUGGAUAUUGCCAUCCAGGAGCUCUUCCCUGAACUAAACAAGCAGGCCCAGAAGGAGGCAUCUCUCAUGGCUCCCUGGAUGUAGCAAGAGGAACACCUAUCACCACUUUCUGCUUCCUGCCUUUCUGCAUGUGUGAUGUAUAUGAUCUGAUUUCCUGGAUACAGCCUAGUCUUGGACUGAGAGUAUCUUUCAAUUGAGAAUGUAUUUAUUGUUUUGUUCCACAACUAGACUUUAUAUGUGUCGGACAAACUGGAGAUGUGUAUAUCUGUACUU